AUGUCCAGCGCGAGCGAGUCGUCGGACGAGGACGCGGACGCGCUGGCGACGACGUCCGCGGCGCGCGCGCGGGCGGCGGAGACGCUGGAUUUCUUGGGCGUUCGAGCGACGCGCGAGCGCGAUGACAUCGGCGCGUUCGAGGAGCGCUACGGCGCGGUGAAGCGCGCGCGAGGGGCGGGAGCGGCGGCGGAGGCGCUUGAAGGGCUCACGCUCGCGUUCGACGGCGGGUGGGGGGACGGGGUGCGCGGGUUGGGUGGGCGGCGACGCGGGGGACGGACGCCGCCGCGGGCGAAGGCGCGACGACGCGCGGCGACGCUGGAUUUAGGCGUGGAGGACGAGAUGCGCGCGCUGGACGAAGCGAACGCGGUCGCGGAGACGUUGGCGAGCGACCGAGGGGCGGAACUGGCGCUGGAGGUUCGGAGACCGCGAGACGGCGCGGCGUGGUUGUUAGGACUGGCGCUGCGCGGCGGGUUCGGCGGCGCGUCGAAUUUAGAGCGCCUGACCUCGCUCACUUUGCGCGGUGGGAAAGGGUUGAGCGUCGACGGGUUCACGACUCUCAUCGGGGCGCUCAAGGGCGACGCGCGGUCGCUGAGAAACUUGGACGUGUCGUCUUGCGGACUCGGCGUCGACGCCGCGAAGGCGCUCGUGGAGGUUCUGGAUGAAAAUGGGUGUCCUCUGGAGAGAUUAGAUCUCAAGGCGAACUCAUUGGGCGCAGACGGUGCGUUGGCGCUCUCGUGUGCGCUCUCGAGGGAGAAAUCCUCGCUCAAGGCGCUCAACGUGGCGCAGAACUUGAUCGGCGCGGAGGGGGUACGCGCACUCGUCGCAGCAAUUGCCGGCGCUUCAAACCUUCGAGAUUUAGAUCUACAACACAACGGAUGCGGUGAUCACGGGGCGCACGCGUUCGCACAGCACGGUUUAGGCUCGCUUGAGAAUUUAUCCCUGGGAUUCAAUGGGAUCGGCGCGGACGGAGCGCGCGCGAUCGCAGAGGCUUUGCGCAAACGCCACCGAUCGGAUGACGAUGACAUGGACGUGCACGGCGGUGGAGACGACGAUGCCGUCGGUCGAGCGUCUAAAAUGUUAAAACGACUUGAUUUAAAGUGUAACACCGUGGGUUCAGACGGCGCGCACGCGCUCGCGGAAUCUUUGAAUGACGUCGAGGAUUUGGAUCUGUCGAAUAAUUCAUUGAGAGACGGGACGAAGUGGAUCGCGAAAUCACUCAAGUCCAAGGCUUCAAAUCUGAAACAGCUUAGUCUACAGGCGAAUGAGAUGACGGAUGAUGAUGCUUGGUGGAUCGCCGAUGCGCUCGGUGAGAACAACAGCCUUAAGACGCUGAACUUGGGCUCAAAUGCGUUGGGCGAUUCGGGCGCCUCGGAUCUCGCAUCCGAUCUCCGCGAGAAUACGUCGUUGGAAACGCUCGACUUGACUCGAAACACCAUAGGAAAAGACGGGGCGAAUGAGCUCAUGGAUGCCAUGGAUGAGAACAAAACCCUCACAAGGCUCGCGAUUGAGAGCAAUCUGAUUCCGGCGGAGACGACGCUCGAGAUGAAGCGCCGCGUCGGUCUUCGAGCGCAAUGCGACUGGCAGCGCGCGGGAUUCAGCGAUACCGCGGCGACGGCGCCGACGAAAUUCACUUAA